ACAACUACCCACCACCACAACCAUCACUCUCCAGUUGCUCAACCGUGUCUUAUCGAGCGUCGUGGAGGAGGACCCGUCACAUCAAGAUCUGGGAGGACAACAAAUUCCUUUCGCUAUCACUAAUUACCCGCCCUUCCUGGAGGUGGUGAAGCCAGCAGUUGCAGGAGGAGGAGGAGGUGUGGAGGCCAAGGGCAUGAGCUGGGAGUUGAUGCUCACCCUGGCCAGGUACUUCAACUUCACCCCCGUGCCCCUGCUGGUCGAGGACAACAUGGUGGGCCUCAGGGACCCAGGAGGCAAGUGGCGUGGAGUCAUCGAUCUUCUUCAUCGUAAGGUAGCCGAGGUGACGCUGCUACCGGUGACAGUGACCAAGCACCGGGAGGAGGUGCUGGACUUCUCCCUCCUGCUGGGGACCACCACCUUCGGCUUCCUGGUCAAGCGCCCCUACGACACGCCCAAGACCGACGCCCUUCUCAAGCCCUUCACCUACCAGGUGUGGUGGAUGAUCCUGGUGGCCACGGUGGCUAUGGGUCCCCUCAUGUACUCUCUUAUCAUCAUGCGCAAGAAGGUCUGCGAGAAGGACACCGUCUUGAACCGCGUCUUCCCUCUUGACGAGUGUAUGUGGUUCGUCUACGGCUCCAUGAUGAGGCAGGGCACGGAGCUGAAGCCCAUCUCUGACUCCUCCCGGAUUCUCUUCGCGACGUGGUGGCUCUUCAUCACUAUCGUCACCUCCUUCUACACCGCCAAUCUCACCGCCUUCCUCACCUUCAACGGGCUCCAGCUCCACAUCACCAGGGUCGAGGACCUCAGGAAGCACCACGUCACCUGGCUGGCCUUCAGGGACGGCGCCCUCGUCGAGGUUAUCUCGACUCACCCGAAGCUGCAGAUCUUACGAGACCUUCAGGCAGAGGGGCGGGGCCGCUUCAUCGACUCCAGGGCCGAGGCUGUCUCUCUGGUCAGGACCAACGAUUACGUCUACAUCGACGACAUGCAGGUUCUGGACCACCUCAUGCAGGAGGACUUCAAGACGCAGCGACGUGUGGGAGCCAAGGAGACGUGCAGCUUCUACUCCACGCCCCUGGCGAGCGGCGACGACGUCGACUUCGUCUUCUGGUUCGGGUACGGCUUCCGCAAGGGCAGCGACCUGACCCCGCUCUUCAACGGCUUCUUCCGACGACUGGCGUUCUUCGGGAUCCUGAACUUCCUCCACGACAACGUGACCUCCAACAGCCCCAUCUGCACCAUGCCUAAGGGCUUCAAGGACCGCAGCCUCCAGAACAAGGACUUCUACACCACCUACGUCUUGGGAGCCAUUGGCAUCGUCUUGGCUGCGGGCGCUCUGGGCUGUGAGUGUCUGGUGAGGAGAGCGAGACGGUGCAGACACGACCAGGACGACCUUGAUGCCGACUACCCGACUACACAUCUCCCGGACAAUGUUCCUUCGAUACUGGGCGUGGAGUCGAUCGGGGUGAAGCACGACCCCAUCUGGGGCAGUGCCAACCUGCCGCCCCUUCCAGAUACCAGGGCCAGGACCCCCUUCCACGUCAGGUACCCGCAGUACAGCCACGGGAGGCACGGCCAGGCCAGCGACGCCGCUUUCGUCAGGCCGUAGAGCGAAGGCGCUGUCCCCCGAGGACGUCAUGGUCCCUGGCAAGAGGCGGCCCCGUCUCCUGGAAGCUCUCCGAUGGCGUAGCUGAACUAGAGACCAAGGUGGAAACAAGACUCGUCUAAGACUCUCAGCUUCACAGGGUCUCAAGAAACCAUCGACGAUCAGCAAUUCAAAGAAUACAUAUAUAAAGGACUUCAAAGUUACUUCCCAACACCUCUAAGAUUGGAGCACUGAGCUAUGGGUGACGUUUCUUUCUCCUGUUGCAUAAACAGUCAGCCUGUUGUGAUGGAGCUCCAGCCGGUUGCUACCAGACUGGCUGCUGCCAGACUGGUUGCUACCAGACUGGCUGCUGCCAGACUGGUUGCUACCAGACUGGCUGCUACCAGACUGGCUGCUACCAGACUGGCUGCUACCAGACUGGUUGCUACCAGACUGGCUGCU